AUGGACGAAUUAAUAAUGAUGGUUUUUGUGUUAUUCACAAUAGUAUUAUUAUUAACAGUUUCAAUGACAUUGGCAGCAUUAAUUUCAACCAUUGUGGUAUUAGUUGUACCAUUAAUUAUUUGUAUAAUAGCAUUAUUAAUUGCAUUAAGAAUUAAAUAUGGUAGUAAAAAAGAUCUAAGUGAAGUUUCAAUAGGAUUUUUCCAUCCAUAUUGUACUGCAGGUGGAGGUGGUGAAAGAGUAUUAUGGUGUGCAAUUAAAUCAAUUCAAGAAGAAUAUCCAUAUGUUAGAUGUGUUGUAUAUACAGGUGAUAAAGAGAGUGAUGAUGAAAUAUUUAAUAAAGUAAAGAAAACAUUUGAUAUAGAAUUGGGUAGAGAUAAUUUAGAAUUUAUUAGAUUGAAAAAAAGAAAAUGGGUAGAAGCAUCAACAUACCCAAGAUUUACAUUAAUUGGACAAAGUUUAGGAUCAAUGAUAUUAGGUUGGGAAGCAUUAACCAAAUUUGUUCCAACCAUUUUCUUGGAUUCAAUGGGUUAUGCAUUCACAUUCCCAAUAUUUUCAUUAAUUGGUGGUUCAACUGUUGCAUGUUAUGUUCAUUAUCCAACAAUUAGUAGUGAUAUGAUCUCUUCUGUUAAAUCAUCAUCAUAUUCUUUUAAUAAUGAUGUUUCAAUUUCUUCAAAUAAAUUUAAAACUAUUUCAAAAUUAAUAUAUUAUAAUAUAUUUUCAAAAAUUUAUCAAAUUGUUGGUAGUUUUUCAAAAUUAGUAAUGGUAAAUGGAACAUGGACAGGCAAUCAUAUUAGAGAUAUUUGGAAGAAACAAUUUGGAUAUGAUUUAUUUAUAGUUUAUCCACCAGUCGAUGUUAAAGGUAGAAAACAAUUGAAAUUGGGUUGGAUGGAUGGUACUAGAAAGAAUAUGAUAUUGUCGAUUGCACAAUUUAGACCAGAAAAGAAUCACCAAUUACAAUUGAGAACAUUGGCUCAUCUAUUGGAGAAAUAUCCAUCACAUAGAGAACAACCAUUGAAUACCAAAUUAGUAUUGGUAGGUGGUGUUCGUGAUCAAGCCGAUCGUGAUAGAGUUGAACAAUUACGUAACCUUUCAAAAGAAUUAAAUAUUGAAGAUCAUGUUGAAUUCCAAAUUGGUAUUAGCUCAGAUCAACUUAAUCAACUAUUAAGUGAAGCAUCAGUUGGUAUACAUACAAUGUAUAAUGAACAUUUUGGUAUUGGUGUAGUGGAAUUAAUGGCUGCUGGUGUUAUACCAGUUGCAAACAAUAGUGCAGGUCCAAAAGAAGAUAUUGUACGUCAUGAAGAUACUGGUUUCUUAGCUUCAACCAUUCAAGAGUAUGCUGAAUACAUUCAUGAAAUUUUAGCAUAUCGUGAAAAAUAUGUUGAAAUGCAAAAGAAAGCCAGAGAUUCAACUGACCGUUUCUCUGAAUCAAAUUUUUCAAAUCAAUUUUUAAAAUAUAUUAAACCAUUAAUUAAUCAAAGUUUAAGAAAUAAUAAUAGUAGUAGUAAAAAAAGAAAUUAA